CAGCAUUCUGAGUUUACUUCUGAUAUAAAACCAUUAGCAACCAAAUUGGUUCGACGAUCGUUUAUGAGAUCUGGUGUCCGCAAAAUCACAGUUAACCAUGGAAGACUUCGGGGUAGUUUAUUCAUACCAAGUGAUGAAACAUCCAACAGACAACGACGACGAUAUCCUGCUGUGAUAGAUCUGUUUGGUAGCACCGGUUCUUUGAUAGAAUCCAGAGGUGCUUUGUUAGCGUCCCAUGGAUUUAUUACUUUAAGUUUGGCCUAUUUUGCUUAUAAAGACUUACCUUCAGUCAUCACCGAGGUUGAUUUUGAAUAUUUCGAAGAGGCUAUUGAGUGGAUUAUUAACCACAAGCAAGUUUCCAGUGAGAAUGGUAUAGGUGUUUUAGGGACAUCUCUAGGAGGGGUAAUAGCUCUAUACAUAGCGAAACAGUGUCCACAAGUAAGUGCUGUUAUAAGUAUUAAUGCUACCCCAACUUUCUUUGUUUUUGGCAUCCGCCAUAAUGGUAAACAGCUGCCAUAUUGCUGUUCAAUUGAUUGUGGCCAUACUGUAUUCAAUGAUGAUGGAUCUAUGAUUUCAUCUUGGAAAGUAGAUGAAUCUAAAUUGUUUUAUUUAGAUGAAAGUUCUCGUAGUAAAGUAUUGUUUUUAGUUAGUGGCGAUGACAAAUUACUUUACACUAGUGACUAUUACAUCUGGCUCAACAACUUGACCCCAACCAAAAAAAAAGAUGUUGAAUUAAUUAUAUACGAGGGUGCUGGCCACCUCUUGGAACCUCCAUAUACCCCACUCUUUUAUUCUUGUUAUUCUAUAUACUUUGGUGGGGCUACUAUUUUUUGGGGUUCUCCUCAACAACAUGCUGAAGCACAAGAAAAGUCCUGGUUAAAAAUCAGGGAAUUUUUUACCGAAAAUCUUUAAAAAUUUGAACAGUGAUUCGAUAUUGAUUCUUUAUAUCAGUGUGCAACACAUCAAAUAUUUACUGAUUGCACGUGUCAGCUUGAUGCAGGGAAUGAGCUAAACAUUUGAUCACCGUAAACUGUUUGUGCAGGUUGUCCAGCAAGAAAUUGCAGAAGUGUCCUUCUCAGACCGGAAAGACUUCCAAUAUAUAAAAGACAAGAAUUCUAAUGAUGGCUGUUUGCAUUAUAAAAGUAGGGGUGGCCACAGAUGAGUCUGUAUAAGAACCAUUAACCUUUAAACAGGCGAUAUCCGACCAAAAUAUCAUACAUGUUUUAUAUUCAAACUGGCCACAUUUAACUUCCCACACCUACCCUACAAUGUCAUUCUAAAACUAAACAAUCACAUUAUUGAAAUCUAAAAGCCAUGAGAUAAUGCAUCAUUAACUCAAAAGAAUGUGAAUUAAUAAGCAUCACAUUUAGCAACAAUCUGAAUGCUAAAGAGUUAAUGUCUGUAGUUGUGAUAAUGGUAAUGUUUGUGAUGAUGCUGUGAUAAAUAUGCUAAUAAUGUUUAUGAGGAUGAUAAUAUUUGUAAUGUUGGCAUUGAAAUAAAAAGAUGUUUAUGUUAUUAA